CAUAAAAUCCAAAUGUAAAAUAUUUUUUAAUCCACAUGUAGAUUAAUGUGUCAGUAAAUCCUAAUAAUGAAACAAGCUCACGCAAUAAUGAGGUAACGCUGACAUUUGAGGAAAUAAAACCAACAACACGCACUACAACACGUGCUUAAUAGACCCAUUAACAUAAAGACCAGCAAUUUGUCUAUUUAGUAACAAAGUGCUUUAAAGAGAAUUCGUUAUUAACUUGGCUAUCAGAAGCUUCCUAAUAUCAACUAAACAGAAAUUUAAAUGUAUGUACCUUGCAAAAGAGUUUUUAUACACUUUCUCCUGAAAAAGCUAACUGUUAAUAACGUUGUUUCAUGGCACACAUUUAAUAUGAUUACAAAAAUAAUAACGUGCAGUAUUCGCGCUUCCGAAGGGCUGGCGCGCAUCAGAUUCACUUGCAAUGUGUGUUACCCAUUAAGAAACGAAGCAGGAAAAGGAACGCCGCUAACCCAGUGGCCAACUGGCGAGGCGACGUCGAACGAUUACACCCGCCCGAGCCUCCAUUCCGUACCGGUAUCGCCGCGCCAGCGCUCGCAACGUACAACCAGAUACUUAACUGACUCUCAUUACUAAACAUCGGCACUAAACUAGCGACCUUAUGACGAGCCUGCCAUAAGCGAUGCGGAGCCACCCGUCACCCUGGGGUGCUGCGCUCCAUUGUUCGACAAUGCGGAAAGCGGGGGACGCGCCGCGCAUCACAAUUAGCGAAGAGAGUUUUGGCGACAUGUGAAUACAAAGUCGUCGUCGAUAUUGUGGCUCUCGAAGAAAUUACAGACGUCCAAGGACUCGAGGACGAACGUGACGCCCGCGGACAUCAAUUUCAACUGUCGAUACUAAAAAGAAAUUUGCUGGUCGCAGAUAAUAUCGAAGGAGGACGCAAUUCAUGAAUCAGUGUUUGUUAUGCGCAGCAGUGCCCGAAAGUUAGCGAAAUUUUGGCAACGGAACAGCAAGACUGGCGCGUGCGCAGCUGACCUGCAAUCAGCCGAUACAUCUUGCGAUGAUCGCUCGGGAAGGACAUAUUCGUACUGUGUGAUACCUAGUGAACCGUGCUUCUGAAGGACACCGUAACCCCGCGGUGACACUCGUGGAGAUUUAUUCCUAAGUAACAGUUGUGAUAUUGAGGUAGGCGAUGGAUGCAACAGUUCCCCGUGUAUUACUAAGCAUAGCAUUAGCGGCUUUGCUGCCAAUGGCUUCGCUGCACAGCCAGGAUGGAGUGGCCAAGGAAAACAUACCGCACUCGCGACAGAAGAGGAUACUCUGGAUCACGAAUGACGGCCGUUUGGCACUUCCUCCUGGUACUACCAUGACUAUCACCCCAUCACUAUCGAUGCCGUUUGUGAGACAUCCUCCGAAAGGAUUCUUGUCUAAUAUGACUGUCAGUUUCCCGUUUACAAGUAAAAUGACAUACGAAGUGGAGUUCAAAAUUGAUUUUGACAAACUCGGUUUAACGGACAAUGAAAAUCCUUAUGGAGCAUUUCCUCCAAUCCUGGCCCGAUCGAUGGGCAGAGCUGCAGUUUCCAUGAUGGCCGACUACGUUGGACAGUACCUAGACAGGAGACGAGGCAAAAGGUCGACCACUGAAACUGUAGCUCCAGAGGUAGAAAAGGCAAUUCUGGAUAGAAUGCACGGUGGAGAGAGGGCAAUAUUGUAUGGAAUGGCAGAGGACUUGUUUGCUAACUUUGGGUUGUCAGGCAAAGAGUGCCUCUUGCGAGCUAUUUGUGAAAUACAAUCGCAUCCUCUUAAGAAUUUUGGGUUUCUGGGCGAAAUUAUGAAACUAUUCUUUACUCCCAGUAAAUCACCUUACGCGAGUUUGCUGGACGAAUACGUUCAGGCUCAGAAGGCAGGAGAGGCCGGCGGCGAAUGCUGGCCGUAUUACCGGCUGUGUCCCAAGAGUAUCUUCCAAUCUUCAAACAAAUAUUCGAAAGAAGCAGAAGAAAUCCAUAGGCGGCAAGAACAUGUGAACGUGGAAGAAAACAAAAUAGAAGACGUACAGGCGAUGUAGAAGAAUUCAGUGACGUCAUGACACUCGAGGCUUGGCUCAUAGAGCCAAUAACAAUCCCAAAUGUAGUGGUAGUUCCGACCAAAGCUCAUUGUAAUUAGACUUUUACUAAAUAUUUAUUUAUUUUUAUUACUAAGUGCCAUCUUUUCCAUUAGAACUUGCGUUGUCUCUGCAAUCAGGCGUUCUGUGAUUGGAUAGUACCUAGCACCACAUCUUACAGUAUGACUGUUGAAAAUGUAGAAGAGAGUGGCAGCAAGAUUACAACAGUCAUACUUACUCGGUAAGGUUUAAUUAAAAAGUUAUCGAAUUCGAAAAGUUUAAUCGAAAACUUUUUCACAGAACGUUUGACUCCUAUCCAAACUUGUUCUUAAUGAAUUAUUUAUUAUCCUUGAUUUUUCUUAGUUUUUAAUUAUUCUUUGUUGUUUUUCCACGUCUUUGUUUCACUGUUAUAUAGUUAGGAAACACGUGAGUCUAAAGUAGCUAGUGAUUAAAGAAAUGUAUUUAUAGUUGUAAGUGCUAUUUUUAUUUUUAUUAAAAAUUGAAAAGGUUU